AUGCCUCGUGCCGGAACACUGCUGCUUCUGCUCCUCGCCGUCACUGUCUUCGCCGCGAGCUUGAGCGCCUCUGAAUCCAUCGGCGAUGGAAGCCAGCAGGUCUACAUCGUGUACCUGGGGCAUCUACCGCCCAGCACGGAUGCGUCAGAACCUGAAGGUUUCUCUGCUGUAGAAUUUGCUCAUCACGACCUGUUGAAUCAGGUCCUCGACGACGGCAGCUCUGCUUCAGACAGGAUUCUCCGUAGCUACAAGAGAAGCUUAAAUGGCUUUGCCGCCAAGCUUAACAAAGAAGAGGCACAUAAACUGUCCGGCAUGAAUGGCGUUGUCUCGGUCUUCCCAAGUAGGACCCUCGAUCUUUUGACCACAAGAUCCUGGGACUUCUUGGGCUUCCCUCAAACGCCCAUUGAAGAGCUACCACUAGAGGGAGACGUUAUCAUCGGUAUGCUCGACACUGGUAUAUGGCCUAACUCGCCAUCCUUCUCUGACGAAGGCUUUGGCCCACCACCGAGCAGGUGGAAGGGUACAUGCCACAACUUCACGUGCAACAAUAAAAUCAUCGGAGCACGUGCCUACCACGGAGGAUCCAGCAGCUCUGGCCUGUCGCCACUGGACGAUGACGGCCACGGCAGCCACACGGCGUCCACCGCGGCCGGGCGUGCGGUGGCCAACGUUAGCUUGUACGGCUUGGCCGCCGGCACAGCUCGCGGCGCGGUGCCCGGUGCCAGGCUCGCCAACUACAAGGUGUGCUGCAGCGAGGCCGACAUCCUUGCAGGAUUCGACGACGCCAUCGCUGACGGUGUGGACGUGAUCUCCAUCUCCAUCGGGAGUCCCUUCCCAUCUGACUACUUCAGCGACGUGAUAGCCAUCGGCGCCUUCCACGCCAUGAGGCGUGGGGUGCUCACGUCCGCAUCGGCCGGGAACUCGGGGCUCGUUGGCGGCCGAGUUGGCAACGUCGCGCCAUGGAUGCUGUCUGUGGCGGCGAGCAGCGUGGACCGUCAAUUCAUCGACAGGAUUGUUCUUGGGAACGGCGAUACCAUAGUGGGAGCCUCCGUUAACACCUUUCAAACGAUAGCAAAUGCUACACUUGCAUUCCCUGCCAACGGGUCAUGUGAUCCAGAGAACCUCGCCGGAGGUCCUUACAAAGGCAAGAUCGUCCUCUGCCCACCCCAGGAGGGCCGUUCGAACGGCGUCUCAGGCCCUUUCUUGGCCGGUGCAGCAGGUGUCGUCUUAGUCACCCGCGCGCCCGACGUCGCUUUCACUCUGCCUGUCCCCGGUCUCACGGUAACUCAGGACAAGUUCGACCAAAUCAUGGCGUAUGUCAACAGCACUAGUAAUCCUGUGGGUACCAUAGACCGCACCGUGACUACGGGCAAUCCACAAGCUCCAGUGGCCGCCUCCUUCUCUUCUCCAGGCCCCAACUUGGUCACCCCUUCGAUCUUGAAGCCUGAUCUAUCUGCGCCGGGGGUAGACAUCAUUGCCUCAUGGUCACUGCUGUCAUCACCCUCGGGCUAUCCUAACGACACGAGGAAGGUUCAGUACAACAUCAUCUCCGGCACAUCCAUGGCGUGCCCACACGCAAGCGGAGCCGCCGCCUAUGUCAAGUCACUCCACCAUGACUGGUCGCCGGCGAUGAUCAUGUCGGCUCUCAUCACCACCGCCACUCCGAUGAACACAGCGUGCAACUCCAACACGACCGCGCUCAAGUACGGCGCCGGGCAGCUCAACCCGGCAAAGGCGCACGACCCGGGCCUCGUGUACGACACAUUGGAGGGUGACUAUGUGGCCAUGCUGUGCGCGCAGGGGUACAAUGCUACGCAGCUCGCGCUCGUCACUGGCUCCAACACCACGGCCUGCCCCAACGGCUCGACGUCCGGGACACCCAGCGACCUCAACUACCCGACUAUGGCGGCCCGUGUGGAGCCGGGGAUGAAGUUCUCCGUGGUCUUCCCGCGCACUGCCACCAACGUCGGGGCCGUGGCCGCCGUGUAUGACGUGAAGGUCGUGUUUCCUGUUGAGGCGGUCAAUGACCUCACCGUUGUUGUGUCGCCGAGCAGACUAGAGUUCAGCGCGCAGGGCCAGAAGAUCUUGUUCACCGUGGGGGUGUCCGGCAUGGCGAUGGAGAAGGGCAGGGUCCACUCGGGUGCCAUUGUCUGGUACAACAACGAGCAUGAGGUGAGGAGCCCGGUGGUGGUCUACGCAACGUCGGACGACUCCCGGCCUCCUAGCAAAAUGGGGUUUAGACAGUGA